CUUCCGGCUUGGCUGGGAAAGCACGCUUAUUAUUUUUAUUGAUGUUUUCAUAUCUAAAUCUUGAACUAUGACACUGGAUUUUGUGUCCGAAGUUGACAGAAAAUUCUACUCCAACAACUUACUCACAAACGAUGACUGGGAAAAUACAACGAUGGAUCUCAAUGAUUUACUGGGUAUGGAAAACUAUCCCAGUGAACUGAUGACAGACUUACCUGAUGAUUUUCCUAUGAAUAUAGAUGAUGUACAGACAGAUUUUCAUGAUACUUUAUUACAAGAAUACAGUGACAGUUCUGAUAGUGGAAUUAGCAGUAUCUUGCCAGAAAAUGUAUUAAAACAUGAACAGAGGUUAGACAGUUCACCAGACAUCAAACAUGAACCACUAUCGCCAUCAUUUUCAUUCACAUCAGAAUCCUCUGAAUCACAGGUAUGCCUUGAUGGAGUGAAGGACAGCCCACCACCAUCACCAUGUUAUUCACAGCCAUCACCACCUUAUUCUUCACAGUCAUCACCAUUACAGAACAUUGUCUACGUAGAUGACAUCACACCAGAUCUUAGUAGUGCUAUAAACCCCGUUAUCAUUACACAACCUAAAUACAACACUAUACUGAACUCUAAAGUCAGGAUUAAACCAAAACCAGUAUCGUCAGUAAAUACUCAAUCUGUAAAAAUCUCACAACCGAAACCACCAACAGCUCCUCUUCAGAAAACAGUUGUAAUAACACCAGAAGAGUUCAACAAACUGAAAGCAGAAGGGAUAUUGAAGUUCCCACAGCCAGCAGCUCCGCGACCUGUGCAGAUUAUUUCAUCUACUACAGUAGCUAAUCCCACAGUGCAAGUUGAUAAUGAGAUAAAAGCUAUAAAAAGACAGCAACGUAUGAUAAAAAAUAGAGAAUCAGCAAGCUUGUCAAGAAAGAGGAAAAAAGAGUACCUCACAGGCUUAGAAGACAAUUUACAAGAAUACAAUGAACAGAAUAGAAAGUUGCAAGAAGAAAAUGAGCUGUUGAAAAAGAAACUCCAGUCUCUGCAGGAUGAGAAUGAUAGAUUAAAGAAAUGUGCUGGUGCCUCACCAGCUAAAAAGAUCUGUUUAAUGGCAGUUUUUGCAAUGCUCAGCUUGAAUUUGAUGUCAUUGAAUGAUUUUAUUAUUAAGCCCAACUCUAAAUCUGAACUACCAGUUCAUAAAGGGAGACAGCUUAUGUCAGUACAAGAAGAAUACUCAGUCAGUAGUUUGGUGUCUGAUUUUUCAUGGACUGGACUGAAGAAAUUAAUGGAAGAUAAUCCAUUUGAAAGUUUGGAUAAUAAGACACUGUAUCAGAUGUAUACUUGUCCAUCACUCUUCAACAAGACAGAGUCUAUAAGAUUGGCAGAUCAAUUAUCAGGCUGGAUGCAGUCACAUGAACUCACCAAGAAGAAAUCAGCUAAUAAAGAAAAGAAAAAUCCUUCAAAUAAAAAGAAAAAGAAUCUUUCAACCCUACAACAAGCUGUGAGAGGAAACUUCCAUCAACAAAGACCAAGUGAUAGGAGACACUUUGAUCAUGGUUACCAAGUUAAAGUAUUUGACGGAGGAGAUGGGAACAUCUGGAAGUCCAUACCAAGGAGAAAUGACACCUUUUAUGUUUUGUCAUUUAGUGAGGAUUAUUUCCUAGUGCCAGCAACAGCUCACAACAAAACUAUGCGACCAAGAAUGUCUUUUGUUAUGCCAGCAGUUGGUUUAAAUGAGACCAUGCAAGCACCUUCAGGAAAUGUUGGAAUGAUGCAGAUAGAUUGUGAGGUGUUGAACACACAGUUAAUACACGUCCAUAAAUCUAGUUUACCACCUAAUCAAAGAAACACUACUUUCUACAGAGAGGAAUUUUAUCCUUGAUCAAAUGACAAAACAGUCAUUAUACCAGAUUUUAAAGAAGAGAAGAUGAUUGGAUAAUGAGUUGAAGUUCCUUUGAAACAGAGUUUAAGAACAGAAGAUUUUUUGAUUUAUUUUGGUUGUUUAAUUGAAACAAAGUGUCUUGGCAGCAAACUUUUUAAUAACCUUGUUUGAUUAUAGUCUUUAGAGUUCAAGAAAUUUUGAGUGUUCAAUGCAUACAUAAGUUUUGAUAAAGCAGGAAGAUAGAAUUGAGGUUUAUAUAAUUGAGGUUUAUAUAAUUGUGUACAUAUUUUUUAGAUUCGUAAUACUAACCAGGCGAAUUCAUGAAAAAAAUUGCUCUUUUUUAUGAUAUUCUUUUAAAAAUGUUGGUGAUUUCCAGUGAUUAACUUUGAAAUUUCUAUGUAUGGUCAACAAAAAUGUGCACACAGGAGUCGUAAAUCUGUUUGGUCAGUUCAAAUCACCAGCAGUCAUCUUGUUUCAAACUUCAGCAAGAGUGAUUUUAUUCAGAAUUGUCCUGUAUAUUGUUAGUGACCUUUUUCCUUUUGUUCAAUCACUAUUUAGUUUUUCUCAUAGACAAUUUUUAAUGACCCAUUAUAGUUAGUUGAGAGAUUUUACCUCUUAAAUUUGACAGAAUUUUAAAUCAAAGACAUUAUUUUAAGAGAGUUUGUCCAAUUUUACGAAUUUAAAACUAAAAAAAUUAUUACUGUGGAUUCAUUUAUUUUCUCGGGUAGCAAUUUCUCGGAUUAAUGAAAAAUUGUACUUUUGUCAACAUUUUAUUUUGUGGUUUUACACAAGUCUGCAUACACGACUAAAUAAACAUUGUGCUUCGUUGAAUAUUUAAAUUUGUGGUUCACCAGUGCACACCAAAUCCACAAAUAUUAGUAUUCCACAAAUGAUAAUGAAGUUUCAUCACGGAUAAGUUUUUAAAUGAAACAUUCCAUAUAACAUUCCAGAAAUAUUUAGAUGUAUCUAGUCAUGAUUUUGUGAUAUAUUGACAGACUAGCCUUCUUUACGAAACUAAUUAAGGAAGAAUCUUGUACAGAAGGGAAUUGCAUCAGAUUUAUGUUUUUUGACCAUAAAUGAGGUCACUUAUUCAAAAUAAUGUUAUGAAAUAUUUUACUUGCUUGGCAGUAUUUAAAUAAAUUGUUAUAGUCCAAUUUGCUUGUACUAUGUAUAAUAUGACAUUUAUAAUGACGUAUUUACUUAAGUGGUGAACCCAGAUACUUUUGGAGGGGGUUUGUGGUGACUUUACCUGGGGACAAGGAUUGAUAACAACCGUUGAUAAAAAGGGGAACCCCACCCCUGGAUCAGCCACUUAUGCCAAGUAAUGUAUAAAAUCAACAGUUGCAGCAAAAAUAUCAAAUAUGAAAACGUAUUGUUAUAGUAUUCUGAAGAAUAUUUUCACAUUUUUUUUCUUACUUUUAGCGGUUGAAAGAUACUUGGAAUUCUCUCAAGUGUAAACGAGUCUAUGUAAAUGAGUUUUAUUGAUAUGUUUUCUAAGAAAGUUUAUGUUACAGAUUUUAGUUUAUUUUAGUUGCUGUCAUUUUUGUGUAUUUAAAAUGGCAGUUUCUGUAUGGAAUUCUGGUAAGAAGUUUGUUAUUUAGUUCAUAUUUAUCUAGUGCUAAUCAUAUUCAUAACAAAUCAUAUUAUCAUGUCAUUUGACAGAAAUCCCUGUACUUCAAAUAUUACUCCAUAACUUACUUAAUAUUUGUCAUAAUAAAUUGUUGACAUUAUUUUUGGUGUUCAAUAAAUAGCUGAAUAAUUUUAUCCAGAACCUAGAUAUGGUCGUAUAUGUAUAAUUUCAAAAUCUAAAUCUAAAUAGGUCAAUCAUGAACAGGGUUUUUGUUUUUAAUGAAAUACAAGCAUUUAAAACCUUUUAUUAUUGAAAAAUACAUUGUAAAAUAAAAAAUGAAUGCAUGUAGCACUUAACCCAAAUCACAUGAAAUGAGUUUGCAAAGGUGCUCGAUUGUUCAUUGGAUAUUUGAUUCAGGGAACAAUUAUUGUUUACUGAUCAAUAUGAAAUUUCAUUUGACAAUCAAUUAUUCACCAUUUUAGAAUCUAAAGGAUUAUGGGUAAUUUCAUUGUUUAAAUCUUGAAAUGAAAGUAAAGUCACAUCAUUGGUUGAAUUUUCAUUGUUUGGGAUGUUUUAAACCAAUCACAACAACAUUUUGGUGUAUGCUUUUGAAAAUGUUACCCAGAAUGCUUUUAAAUUCUCAAAAUGGCAAAUCAUAUAACUAUACAUUAUAACAGACUUUUUAUGCAAUGUAAAUGUCAUUUAUUCAUCCUUCAAAUGGUUUUGUUUUCUUUUUUUUUAACUUGUCUGACCAGUCCUUUGAGAUCUCUGAAUUGUUAAACAUACAAGGUUUGUUCUAAUUUUGCUAAUCAAUUUGAAAAUGAAAAAGCUACUACUAAAAAUGUAUAAUGAAAUUUUAUUAAUAUGUCCAUAUUUUUUGGCAAUAUGAAUAACAAUUGCAGAUUUUUUCUGAAGUCAUGUUGAUUAAUCUUUUGCUUUGAUACAUCUUUUGUUGAAAAACAAUAAUAUAUCUGGAUCGUCAUGAAGAUUUGUAUUAUAGAAAAUGACUUAAUUAGUUAUUUUUUGUUCUGUGUAUAUCUCUAGUCACCAUUUCUGCAUAAUACAAUGAAUUAGAGAAGUUUUAGUACACAAGGUUACAGUGUACGUCUAACCAGAGGCUAUUUUCAACUCUAGGAUUCUUUCACCAUACAGACACUAGUAAUUUAUCUACAGUUUGAUAUUUUUUAUAUCAAAUACCAAAAUGGCACUAUGGCAGCAAGGUUAUUUGGUUUCUACUAUAUUGAAAAUAAUUCCACUGGUAAAAUUUUCAGUGUUUAACUUUCUACCUCAUAGAUUUUUAAUUUAAGAAUAGAGGAUUCAGUUUGCAUUACAAUACACAUGUUUUUAGAUUACUGAAAGACUCAAUAUUUUACUGUCGUUUCUUGUCGAAAAAAUGAAGAUCUCUCUCCGGUCUUGAAGCGAUAGUGCUGAUCAUAUCUACUAAUGAAAACUUCUUCCUUUGUUGCAUGUAAUGUCUGCAUCAUAUUAUAUUAUUCAGUAAUUAAAAAAAAAAUUAAAAUGUCAUUAAAUGACUGAUCAUUUUUAUUAUUUAUUUUGCAUAGAAAUAAAUGUUUAUUUAUAGUUAUUAUAUAGUUAAAGAUAUAUUUAUUGAUAUGUAUAUUGGUUAAAAUAAUGUUGUAAUACUAUGUAAUUAUAUGUAAUUUAUUGUAUAUAAUUUGUUUUAAUGAUUAAGAUAAAAAUCCAGAUCAUCCUUCAUCAUGAUAUUUAAACCACAAACCCAAAUCACAAAAAAAAAUAGUGCUUUGAAAAUUGGCCAAUCUGAUAAAUGCAAGUUUAUAUAAUUAGUCAAUAAUCCUUGCAAAAACAUGCAUGUCCCUAACUAUCAAAUAUUAACCAUAUAUGACAAGCAAAAUUCCAUUCACUUUUGAACUGUGAAAUUUUUGAAAAUAUUUGUAACAUGGAGUGAGGUGACAGAAUUGCCCCUUGCCCUCCUGCAAAUAUACACUCAAACAGCAAUUUUUUAUUCCUAGUUCUCAGGACUAACAAUUAUAAAAAAUCUAAAAUUACUCUUUGACCUACAGGAAGAAUUUAAAACUUCUUUCCAACACCAAUUUUAAUGGAAAAGCCAUUGUUAUGCAAAUGUAUUGAAAGUUGCAAUUUUUCCCAUCAACCAAAUUACUGUUUGUCCUUAAAAUCAUGAUUAUGUAAAGCAAAAUAUUAUUAUAUCUUGGGGUUUUUCUUACCAAUCUUACCAAAUCCACCAUUUUCUACAUAAGAAAAUGCCUGUACCAAGUCAGGAAUAUGACAGUUGUUGUCCAUUCGUUUGAUGUGUUUGUGCUUUUGAUUUAGCCAUUUGAUUAGGGACUUUCCGUUUUGAAUUUUCCUUGGAGGUCAGUAUUUUUGUGAUUUAACUUUUUACAAAUUUUGAUUUGUAGGGGUUAUAUGCUUGGUUUUUAUCAAAGAAUGUCAAAGAGAUUUUUUUUUCAUCUAUGGAGUUCACAGGGAAAUGUUUGUUUAUUUUUUGUCAUUACUACAAAUUAAAGGGUGCCAUUAAAAUAUGCUUCUUUAACACAGGAGCUGAAGAAAUUGAAUUUUAUUUUGUAAAAUUGUCUCUUAAGAUAUAUGCAAUUCUAUUUUUAUUAUAUUUGUGCAAUAUGCUAUUGUGUUUUAUGAUUUGAUUUUCUUAAUACUGUUUGUGCAAGAUGUUUUCAUUUUAAAUGACAAAGAACACAAAACAGAUUACACAACACCAAAUGGCAAUGAGCACACAUUACAGAAUACCCAAUACCAAAUGUCAAAGAGCACACAUUACAGAAUACCCAACAUAAAAUGACAAAGAACACAAUAUAGAAUAUAGAAUACCAAAUACCAAAUGACAAAGAGCACACAUUACAGAAUACCCAACACCAUUGUAUUUUCAUAAAAAAUAUAUUGUCAUUUUUUAUACAGGAUCAGUCUUAAUUGGUUUGAAAUAUUACGAUAGAAUAAACAAAUAAUAGUUAACCUUAAUGCACCAAAACUGACUGAUUAAAUGCAAGAUACAUGAUUUACAAUGUAAUCACACCACCGAACUUCAUUUUUAGAGUCUGUUUGUCCAUUGAUGCCUUAUGAUUUUUAGUACAUCAAGUUCAUAAACUUAGUUUCUAAUGUUAUAUUUUAAAUGAAAAUUCUUCAUUUUGACUUUUUCUAAUAUAACUAUGCAAUCAUUAGUGUCCAACUGAUCUGACUACUUGUAAAUCCGUUUUUUUGUUGCAUCCAGUUUGCAAAUGAGCGGGGGAAAAAACCUUUACAAGGCAUUUAUUUGUACCAUUAAUUUAUUAUGAAAAUACUGUAGAAGAUCUAUUUCAUAAACACCUAACAGACCAUUAAAAUUUUGUGUAUAUUCAGGAGAGACCUUUGAAAGUGAAGGUUUCACAGUACACAACCUUUACAACAUCAAAUUUAAGGAAUUCUAGUUAUUGAAUGUUCUAGAAAUAGAAGUUCUGCUGCAGAUUUAAAUAUUAUCACAACAGAGUUUUAAUGUCAGUUAUGACUUUUAAAUACUACUAUUUCCAUAUUCAAUACCAAUUAUUAGCAGUUCAGGAAAAGCUGUAGAUUGGGAUGAUCAGGUACACUGACCAUGUAGGUUUAAUAUAUCUUUACAUGUAGUACAAUGGGAAUAGUGUUUCUGUUGCCCAGAUCUUUUGUCCAUCAAUGAGGUUUUCCUGGAGUAGCUAAAUGAAAUAGUGCCUUGGUACUUUUUUUAUAUUGUUUUUGUAUUUUUUGUGAUAGGAUGUUUGUUUGUGAUGUGUUUAUAUGGGAAUAAAGUAUCUAAAGGUGA